AUGGAAAUACACAAAAAUGACAUGGAUCUUAUUUCAGAUGCCAUGAGCCUGAUUUCAGAUGCCAUUAGCCUGAUUUCAGAUGCCAUGAGCCUGAUUUCUGAUGCCAUGAAGCUGAUUUCUGAUGACAUGAGCCUGAUUUCUGAUGCCAUGAGCCUGAUUUCUGAUGACAUGAGCCUGAUUUCAGAUGCCAUGAGCCUGAUUUCAGAUGCCAUGAGCCAGAUUUCAGAUGCCAUGAGGCUGAUUUCAGAUGAUAUGAGGCUGAUUUCUGAUGACAUGAGGCUGAUUUCUGAUGCCAUGAGGCUGAUUUCUGAUGCCAUGAGCCUGAUUUCAGAUGCCAUGAGGCUGAUUUCAGAUGCCAUGAGCCUGAUUUCAGAUGCCAUGAGCCUGAUUUCUGAUGCCAUGAGGCUGAUUUCUGAUGCCAUGAGGCUGAUUUCAGAUGCCAUGAGCCUGAUUUCAGAUGCCAUGAGCUGA